AUACGGAAGUUAGUUUGUUUUUUUUCGCUGUAGGGAAAAUGGCAGAGGUUACCCUUAAACUGGGCAACGGAGUUUGCCGCUUGUCAAGCUUCAUAUACAGCCAGGGUCGACCGAUGUGCCACGGCGAGGUUUCUGGAACCCGUUGCGCAAAUGUCAAUAUUAGCAGCAGUCGGAAUUAUGAAAAUUCAACGCGUAAUGACGACGACAUUCAGCCAAAAGGCAUACCGGCAGAACCCAAAAUAGAACUAAGCCGAGUGAGUAGUCAUCACGUGAAUGGAUUUUGUCUUUACAACGCUAAUGUGGAAGAAAAGUCCUCCUGUUUUAUUGGAUGUCUUCCAACAAAUAUUUUUCAAGGUUUUGCUGCUUUCAGCUGUUUAUCUGCUGAACUUCUACCUGCCAGGAGGACUUCCUGGAGCAGAGGAGUCAUUUCCGGUCAUCUUAACAGCUGCAGCUCCCCUCAACAGCGCAGGGAUUUCUGCACUGUCAUCUUCAUUCAAGUAAAGCAGGAGUCGGAAAGCUUAUUGUGCUUAUCUAAACCAAGAAGCUACAGCAGAACGAGUGACACUAAAGUUGCCCUCCUGUACAGAAACAGGACAGUCUACUAUGACAUCCUCAAAGUGUCCCCCAAUGCCACACAGUCCCAAAUCAAGACGGCCUACUACAAGCAGUGUCUGGUCUACCACCCUGAUAAAAACCCUGGGAACAAAGAAGCCAUCCAGCGCUUCUCUGAGAUCAGCGAGGCCUACACCGUGCUGGGCAACAACAACCUGAGGAGGAAAUACGACCGGGGCAUCCUUAGCAUGUCAGACAUCCACGAUGCAGGACGACCCACUUCCAAAGACACCCCCAAAUCUAGUGGGUUCUCUCAAAGUGGACGGAGACCUAUGUAUGAUUUUGACGCCUUCUAUCAGGCCCACUACGGCGAGCAGCUGCAGAAAGAGAGAGAGAUGCGAGCCAGGAGGCAGCGUGCGGAGGAGAUGAGCAAGAAGAUACACAAGCAGAGACAGAGCAACAUGAUGGAGCUCACCGCAGUGGUCAUGAUGCUUACGGCGGGAUUCAUUGUCAUAAACCUUGGUAAAACGCCAUGAAACAGGAAGACGUUUCAAGGCACGGACUAGUGGAUUCUUCUGGACUUGGGACAAAAAACUAAAUUAAUGCAAACAAGUUCUCCAUCAAGGCUGCAUGGCGGUCACAGAGUUAGGAGACCCGAGUUCAAUCCCACCCUCGGCCUGUGUGGAGUUUGCAUGUUCUCCCCGUACAUGCGUGGGUUUCCUCCCAUAUUCCAAAAACAUGCUAGGUUAAUUGGCGACUCCAAAUUGUCCAUAGGCAUGAAUGUGAGUGUGAAUGGUUGUUUGUCUAUAGGUGUACCCCGCCUCUCGCAUGAAGACAGCUGGGAUAGGCUCCAGCACCCCCUCAACCUUUGUGAGGAUAAGCGGUAGAAAAUGAAUGAAUGUUUGGGGCUGCACGGUGAAUGAGUGGUUAGCGCGCAGACAUCACAGCUCGGAGACCAGGGUUCAAUUCCACCCUCAGCCAUGUCUGUGUGGAGUUUGCAUGUUCUACCCGUGCAUGCGUGGGUUUUCUCCGGGUACUCCGGUUUCCUCCCACAUUCCAAAAACAUGCUAGGUUAAUUGGCGACUCCAAAUUGUCCAUAGGUAUGAAUGUGAGUGUGAAUGGUUGUUUGUCUAUAUGUGCCCUGUGAUUGGUUUACGACCAGUUCAGGGUGUACCCCGCCUCUCGCCCAAAGACAGCUAGGAUAGGCUCCAGCAUCCCCCUUGUGAGGAUAAGCGGUAGAAAAUGAAUGAAAGUUCUACAUCAAUUGACAGCAUCACCACAAUUAAUGUCAGCGAGUCCUGAUUUUAUUUUUUUUGCCAAAAUGUAGUUUUGAAUUUAAUUUCCUUCAUUUCAAUCCAAAAAAAAUUAUAGAAUAUGCUGGUACAUUAUUAAAAACCUAUCAAACUCAUAUGUAGUGUUGCAUGUCCUUUGUAAUACAGAGUUUCCAUCUGUAGAGGGCACCCUAGUACAUCAUACUGACGUCACUCAUUGUGAAAAGAUACUCAUAUACCGUAUGUGCAUUAUUAGAGUAAACCACAAAAGUAUAGGUGUUGUUCACAUUUUAUUCACAGAAAUAUAAAGUAGUAUGUCAAGUACGUCACUUUGUACAAAAUUGCACAGACUCUUCAAAACUCAACAGAAUUGUUUUUUUGUUUUGUUUUACCAAGUGUUAAUAAACUCAAGGG